AAUUUCUCCCCUCUAAUUCUAUACCAUUUCCAGCCAAAAAAAUCUCUAUGCCAAUCGUUUCACUAUCACUAUAUUUGUUUUAGAUGGUUGAUUUACAAAACAUAGAGGAAGAGCUGAAGACAAAAAUCAAAGAGGCGGGAGUAGAGAAUAAAGUGCUGAGGGAGAAGAACGCAGCAUUGGAGAAAAAGCUAGUGCAGUCUCCAGUCCCACAUUUGGCUCAAUAUCAAGGAAGUUUUGGUGGGCAAAUCUUGAGUUUAACCUUUGAAGGCAAAUUAAGUAUUAUUAAGAGCAAUAUUGGUGAAGAAGGAGCUAUAACUUUAGGGCCUUGGGGAGGGAGUGAGGGUGGAUACUGGGCUUACAAGCUCGAUGCCGCGCCUAUAAUGCAAAUAACUCUUGGUUAUGGAUUAGUUAUCGAUUCAAUUUUAAUCACAAGUAAAAGUUGCGACGGCAAUGUUAUUGGAUGCUCCGAUAGAUUUGGGGGUCCUGGUGGCGAAUAUACUGCAACGUUGUGCAUUGACACUUCAGUAGAGCAACUCUUGUCCAUAAGCCUGACCUAUGGAGACAUAAGUGGAAUGCGGCUAAUCACAUCGCUCUCUUUUUAUUCAAAUCGGGGCAAAUAUGGGCCCUAUGGUAUGGUAUUUGGUUCUCCAGUGUCCAUUCCAGUAGAAGAUGCAGUCUUGGCAGGAUUCCAUGGACGGGGUGGACUCUACCUUGAUGCAUUUGGUGUAAUUGUAGCACCCAAAGUACUCAACAGUUCGCACAAGGCAAGCGGAAGUGGGCUCCGUUUAGAGGAAAUCUAAUAGGCACAUAUUUUUCUUCAAUGCUGACUAGCGGGAAGACGAUCGGUCGGCUUCUUUGGUAGGAGUGGCUCCUAUUUACAUGCAGAGUAGUUCACAUGGAGUAUCUUUGACCAUGGAUAAAUCUUUUUAACGGAGCUUCUGUAAGCAGAAAUUUAAAUUUACGUAGGUGAAUUGCGUAUAUCCGUUUAGACUUUGGACGGUUUGAAUUUAAAUGAAAUUUUUAUCCGGAAAAGUUUAAUUUAAAUCCGGACUGUCCAAAGCCGAAACAAACGGUCCAGAUCUCGCGCGCCUCCGUGAAUGUCUUAUCCAUGAAUGUCUUAUUCACAGAGGGAUGUUUUAUUCAUGGCUCCUCCGUAAAUAAGACAAUCUCCUUUGGCCAUUAGUGUUAAUAGCAUUUUCGUUCCAAACUUGACAUGCUUGUAGACUUAUGUCCAAAGCGUCUAAAUUAUUUUUGCUUAUUCUGUUUGUGUUGUGGAGAUUGUUGUUAGAUUAAAACUGCUGAUAUUCGACAGUGAUCAAAA